UGGGGCGCGUCCCCGUGCUGCCCGCCGGACGCGGCUGCCGGCUGGGCCCUGCGCGGGCUGCGGCUGCCGGGGCGGGGGGCUCCCAUUAUGGUCAGCCAUGGCCGGGCCGGCGGGCGGGCUGGCCGAGCUGCGGUGGUACGCGCUGGUCGCCCUCUUCGUGGCCGCGCUGGCCACGCUGGCCGUUUACCUGGUGCAGUACGCGCUGCUGGCCCUGCGGCGGAGGAGGAGGAGGCGGCGGUCCCCCCAGCAGCCCCCGGCGGCGCCGCGGGACGAGCUGCUGGAGGAAGGCGGCUCGGCGCUGGCCUGGGCGCUGUCGCUGGGCAGCUGGCGGCGGCAGUGGCGGCGGGCCUGGGUGGAGGCGCUGCGCGGCGAGGCGGCGGCGCGGGCGGACUCACAGCUGCUGACCUUUGAGGAAGAUGACCCAGAAGAACCACUUGAGCUCACAGUUAAACAAGUUGUUAGUGUGGUGAAGUCUGUUCAAGAGAAGGUGGUUUCUUGUAAUGCUGUGGGAGAUUCCAUUACAUUUGUUAUCAGCGUCUCAAGUUCUUCACCCACAGCUGCAGGAAGUCAGUCGUACAGCGUGAAACUAUCUCCGCUUCACUUGCAGCUUCACCUCUACGUGAAAGACAAAGGAGAUGAUGUCAAAGUGGAGUGGCUCCUCGUUAAUGUCGAUGAAACCAACUUUGAAAUCCAGCCAAUAGUGCAGGAGGGACAGGGAGAAGGGACUUGUGCAAUAUCUGAAACGCUCAGAGAUGUUUUGAAGAACCUCUUUAGUUCAGUUACUCCAUCUGUAGUGUUGAGUACGAGACCUACAGACAUAAAGGAGGUUCAGAAUGUACAGAACACGAGCGCUAUCCCUCAGGGCACCAGCCCGCCUAAACCUCCAAGGGCUCAUGAACUGAAACUGCUGGUAAAGAACAUCACGGUAAACCUCACUGAUCACAGUGCUGCAGGCAGCACAAACUUUGUGUGCAUAGCUCAGUUGAAUGACCCUAUGCAGAAGUUUUCCAGCUCCGUAGCCAAAAAUGCUGCAAAUCCCUUUUGGAAGGAAGAGUUUGUCUUUGAACUAAGUGCCAAAUCAAAAACACUGCUACUGCAAAUAGUAGAAGACGGAAAGUUGGAUAGUUCUUCAUCCGCAAAGGCAACUGUACCUCUAGACUUGUUCAGGAAGCAACCUUCUGGCCGCCAAAGCUUUGCACUGAACAGCAGGGCCAGUGAUGGUAGCCCAGAGCUGAGGCCUGGGCUAGGAUCCAUUACUGCAGAGUUCUUGUUUAUCGAACCUAAUGAGUUAAAGGCUUGGCAAGCUUCUUCUCCAUUGCCAAGCACUAAGGUAGAAAAGGAUCGGACUGUGAUGCCCUGUGGGACUGUGGUCACUACUGUAACUGCUGUGAAAACCAAACCUCGACUAGAAGGGAGGUCGUCCCCAUUGAGCACAGGUUCUCCUGUGAAAACUCCAGUCAAAGUCAAAGUGAUUGAAAAGGAUUUCUCUGUUCAGGCUCUCCAUUCUCACGGUGCUCCAGUCAGCAAAACUUUAUCGUCUUCAGAUACAGAGCUGCUGAUAUUGAAUGGCAGUGACCCUGUUGCAGAAGCAGCCAUUCGACAGCUAAGUGAGUCUGCCAAGCAGAAGCUGAAGUCUCCCAGAAAGAAAAGCACCAUUAUCAUAUCAGGGGUGUCCAAGACCUCUUUAUCUCAGGACAGUGAAGCUGCACUGAUGAUGGACUACGCUGCAGCCAUGGACAGUUCCUGCAAAGAUGCAGAUCCACCACCUGCUGGAGAGGAAGUGAUUGCAAAAGUCACAUCUGAUGAAAAACUAUCAUCAGGUGCUUCAGAAACAGUACCUGAUACUGACCCACAGCAAGGUGCCCCUAAGGCAUGGGGUUUGGAGAAUGGCAGCCAGCAGUGGGACUCCAACACACUCUUAGACCAGAGCUGUGAAGAAAUGUCUGGGAGCUCAUUAAGUGUUUCUGAAACAGGGAGCAUGAAAAAGUCUAAAGGUGGGAUCUUGAAAAAGAGUGCGAAGCUCUUUUUCCGUCGGCGACACCAGCAGAAGGAUCCAGGAAUGAGUCAGUCACACAACGAUCUCGUCUACCUGCAGCAGCCACUGUCAGAGGAAACACGCAAGAAGGGAGGCACACUUUCGCGUAUUCUUAACAGAAAGUUGCUUUCCAAGAACAAAAGCAAGAGCAAGCUGAAUGGAGCUUCGGCAGAACCGUUUGUAUAAGGCUGAAUGAACGCUCUCUGAUGGCAUACUUGCACAUCAGUUGUUUACAGAGCAGUACCAGAGAACACAAGUACAGCUGGUGACUUGCGUAACAUGAUGCUCGCUAAUUCAGUGGUCUGGGAAUGAACAGAAGGAUUGUAUUUUCUGUUUAUUUUUCCAGAACAGCUUUCUCUCUGAUUACUAUAAAGUUGCUCCUCCGAAUACAAGCAGCACUACUUGCAUCAUGACAGCUUUUGGAGGACUGCGUGGUGUUAUUGUACAAGGCGAGGGAGAGCAGGGGACGGUGCAGGUGGGGAGGAGCUGCACGUGCAGCACCUAGCUGACUGAAGCAGGGAGCUGAGAACUGAAGAGCAGUACGUGCUCUAUGACUGAACCACUGUCAGGAGAGAAGAUACCGCUGUGCUUCCAUGCUGUGGCGUGGAGCAGUAGCAAUGCAAGUCUCAGCUUGUGUUACUGGUCAGGCUGAAGGGGAAAAGAGACCCAGAUCCACUUUAUGUUGUGAUUUGGAAACGGGUAAGUUUUCAGAAACAGAACUAAACCGCUGAUUAAGAGAGCCUACUGUGAUAACUGUAGCCUGCUAUAAACACUGCUCAGUCUGUGUAGGUGGAGAGGCCUUUUAUAUUAGCCAUAAAUCAAUAAAUUAUGCAAAUACUUAUACUAGCAUAUUGUUUAAUGCUCUGUACGUAAGUUAUACUCUAAAAACCAGAACUUUUUAAAGAAUCUACUUGAGUCUACUUGCAAACAUCUACAACUUCUCCUCUGUAGCUUUCCUUCCCUGUGUGAGAAGCUGUGCUGCUAAUGCAGAAACCUGUCGUAGGGGCUGUACUUCCUUCUCCCAAGUACUUGUUAGACAAGCAUAUGAACCAUCGUAUCAAAUGCAAAGCUAGGAGCAAUAAGUCUCGAAUAGAGCAUAUUUAACCCUAUAUAAGCUUUUCAUUAGACAGCGUGUUUGACUUGCCAAAUAUUUCCUGAGAUCUUAGAAAACGCAGUUGUGAAGAGAGCUUUUUAAAACGUAAUGAUCGCAGUUCCCUCAGUCUUUCAGUCUCUAGACCCACUGGUGUUGUCGUGUGGUGAGUGGCUGGUUGGGUUUUCUGAUUUUUUUUUUUCCUCAUUCAAUUAGAAUGAAAAUCUGGUGAAAGUAAAGGCAUAGUUCUUGUUUUAGCUGCUGAGAAGAGCAGAAGGCGGGAUUUCACAGGUGCCGCCUUGCAGUUUGCCAGCCCGUACAUACAUUCCUGCUGAGGACAAAGGACCAAGGCUGUUGUCUUUAGCCAAGAAAAACAUCCAUUCCAUUAGAGCUACUGACAUGAAUGAAUGGUGGAUUUGCGUUGCUUUGCCGACAGUGAUUCACCCCCCACCUCACCCCUUAAAAGUCAUGGAAGGCUUUUGCAGAUAUUUCAGUUUUCACCUUAACUAUUCUUCAAAAAUAGAAAGUCACUGAGGAACAGAAACACAUUUCAAAACUUCUGAUCAACUUCAGAUUCCGUGGUAAAUACUUCUACAAAGAAAAUCUAGAUGCUUGUUGGUUGUUUUUUUACCAACAGGUUAGUAAAUAAAUGAACUGUCAAAACCUUUUAACUGAGUCUAGAGCUUAAAAAUACCACUUGUAUGUAACCUAGUAAAAUCACUGUAGUACAGCAGUCCAGCCUACAAAUAGCUGUAUGUCUAAGCAUGCUGCUUACUAUGACAACACUUGAAGGCAUUAGUGUAUGUUAUGUUUUGAAAAUUUGUUACAGACCAGUGUCCUGGAGCUGUAAUGUGCUUAAAAAUCCCAGUUCAGUGAUAGGGGCUUGUCCUACUUGAGGACUUCUGUUUGUUGUUAGUUUAACACAAAGUAGAACUCUUCAUUUGUUCUACAGCAACUCAUGAUCCAAGCAUUCAAAACACUGAAGCUCUAUUCCCUGAACAUGUACUUUUUCCAUGCAGAGGACAUAUGUGCAUGAUGGGGCAGGGUAGGAGGUGAGAUCCUUCUUAUGUUUUACGUGGUCAGUCUUGUUUACUGAAGGAGAAAACCAAACCAGAAAUCCAA